ACAAGCUGUUCAUAUUUUUAAUAAAUUAUUCUACCAUAUACCGGCUGGUGGUUGUAUAGCUACAUGUUUCCAUAACAAGUUUUGCUAAUUCCAGAAAACCACAGAGGAAUUAAACAUACGGAAUAUCGAUGACAAAUUUAGUUGAGAAAAAAGUCAAGAGAGCAGGGUCACCAAAACUACUUGAAUGAUUUUUAUUGCAGGUAAAGUAUUCACGAGCACUUAGAAAUCAGUAUUGAAUUUGAGUAAAUAACACAGGUUCACGCAGAUGUCCCCUAGAGUUAAUCUCAUCUAAAUGUCUCUGAAGAGUUUUGCAAGUGCACGACACGGAGUUGCAGUAACACUAGGGCACGUCUGUUGACCUUACAGGUGUAACUGGGUCGUCAGGCUUCAACAUUCAACGGCUGCUGCCACAUAUGUAUACAGGAAUACACGCAUACAGGUGUGCUUUUACUACUACAAAAGCCACGUACUUUUAUAUUUCUCUUUUUCUCUCUCUCUCUCACACGCAUACGCACUCACGCACGCACGCACGCACGCACGCACGCGAGAGAGAUGCUCCGGCUUUCUAACUUCCUGUUUCAGCAGCGGUCGUACUUAUGAAGCGAAGGUAAGUCGUUGGCGUGGAGUAACAUGGCGAAAUCAAAGACAAUCGUAUUGUCUUUGUAAUUAUAAAGUGUCCCCAGACACUGCAGAUGAAGCUUAUCCCUUGGAUAGAGAGCUGUGGCCAAGAUGCCCUGGGGUACAGCAACAAAAAGUGUUUGCUGUGUCUGCACACUACUUCACAAGUUUGAUACUUCUCCUUGUUUUCCUCACUUGUUGCAGCCUCGCUUCGUUGCUCCGGCCUCACGAGAGCUGGGUAUAAAUAAGAGGAUGCCUGUGAACAACAAGGAUGUGAGGAGACAGAACAUGGCGCUUGUACCUGGGAUUGUGACGACAGCAGUUGUGAUACUCAUUACGUGUCAAAGGGCGAACAGUAUCGCCAUGUCGUGCAGCAGUGAUGGUGUCAUCCCGUUCAGAGAACUGACCAAAAGCUCGGCUUCCUGUUACUCCUUAUCUCCAAAUACCUCCGUCAGUUGGAGUCUUACUACCUUGUCUGGACAACAGGUGUCCCUCGGCACGUGCGUGACGACACGUCAUGCACAGUCCAGCACCAGGCAGUCACAGCUGUAUCUCACACCUCCAUCACCUUUAACGCCACCCGGGACAUGGCGGGUACAUUGGUCUGUUCAGAAGUCUUCAGCAACGGCACCGUAGUGUCCGCUAACUGCACCCAGGACAUCGCAUACCCACUUCAAGUGGACAAGGUCAACGUGACAAUAAAUCUUGAGAACUGGACGUUCACUGCUGAAGUUGUUACUUCCAGGGUGUUCUCCUCCCUCAGUCGCUAUAGUAUGUUCAUUAACGAGGUCAACAUUGAUAUCUAUCAACAGUACUACGUGGGACCAAUAGAAAUUGCGUCCAAACCGUCCUUUGAAUUGUACACCAACUCCACUACAGGUCUUGAGUACCACAGGGGGACAGUCACCACCUCGUGGUCCUUACCAUCCAAGAGAGGCGACUAUUACUACACUCUGCUUUUCGUCCCACACUGGACUACUUCAAACUUUAUCCUGAAAAAGGUGGUACGUUAGCUCGCACGUUCCGACCCAUUUAUGAAUAACAAUUAAAAUGAAUAAUUAACAACUGACGCUCAUGUUGUAUGCGAAUGAAUGUCAUAUCAUCACUUCUGAAACAAGUCCCAUUCAAAGUUUAAUCAUGGACACCAUACACGGGUCUAAUGAAGAGCACAUUUAUAAUACGUAGAAGAUUGUCGGCAUCAUCGAUGGCUUAAUUAACAUAGACAUAGGAGUAGUUGUAGAUACGUACAUGACCUAUUGAAGGAAGGUCAUAUUUCAAUCGCAGACCUUAACAUGAAGCACAAAUGAAGAGAUAAAUAAAAAAUGUUUUUACUGUCAACUGUUUUAAAUAUUCUGAAUAUUUUGAUAUUUAUUAAUGCAGUCUAAACGUUUGUUUGCGUCAGGUUUAUUAAAGAUUCUAGAACCGUCACCUCCAGAGACAAACUGCUCAUUAACCUAUGUCCCAGAAGUGGGCCAGUGGACUGCAUGUGCAGCACAGUGUCGCUGGGGAGUCCGGCAGGCAGGCUGCAGUGGCUCGCGGGAAAUGACGUCAUAGUCUCUGGCGGAUAUGGCGUCACGCAGCUGCCGUUUCCCACAAACAGCGUCAACCGGACGCACGAUGGCAUGCGAGUCACGUGUCAGGUGGACUGGGUGGUCAAGCAGUCCGUGUUUGUGACGGACAAAGUAGCGUAUGGUCCUGAGAGAGUCAGUCUCCAGGUGCGAUCCAUUCACUGCUUGGUUAUUGCUACCUGCACCGUGGAUGACCUAAGACCUUUCAGCUACGACAUGGUACAGUGGGGCGGUCAGUGUCAAGGUCAGCGAGGUGUCGUGUGCACGUUUGAAUCUUGCGACGCUGAGGAUGUCACGUGCUCUGUCACCAAUCACGCUAAUAACGGACGCAGCGUCAGAGCUGUCGAGAAGGUCACAGUCACAGGUAGUGUGGCCGCGAGCGACAUCUUGGCGAGGAGUGUAGGCGCUAGUGUCGGCGUCACACUUGGUGUUCUGGUGCUGGCGGUGUGUCUGGUGCUCGCUGUCGUGUGGAUUCGCAGACGUCAUUCACCAGCCGGAAGAAAAGAAUCUAACAACACCAGGAAACACAACUCUGCAGAACAUGACUACGCGGGACUAUUCCAGAUAACUGGAAGGGAGAUAACUCAGAGUGACUCGAGCAACAACGAAAGUGACUAUGGUUCUUCAGGCAAUGCUUACCAGAAUGUGCCAAGACCUCGAACAUGAAGAUUCAGAACUAGGAUAGAGUAUUAUUGUAAGUGAUAGAAUGAGAUAAACAUAGAUAUCUGGAUAUAUUUUAAUGAAAUAUCUAGUCAUAUUGCUCUUGAAACGUUCAUAAAAUUAUGUGCUGUAGAUGUGCUUUGAACAAACCGGACUGGUUUGAAAAAAAACUGUGGUUAUACUACUUCCACAUACGCAUGAUGUAGACAAACUUUAAUAUUUUACUCUUUUGUAUAUUUGAAGCAAAUCUGUUAAUGAA